UUUAAAUACCAUUGAAAUUAAUUUUUCAAUGUAUACUUUAUCUUAUGCUCGAACUACAUUAAUAUGUCAGUUGCAAGAUAAAAAAUACUUGUAACAUUGAACAACCAUAGUUGGCCAUGUACUCCAAAGCUGUCUGCCUUGAUUUUGACUGAAAUCCUGAAGCACAAGAUCGUGAAGAAUAGAAAUUUCAUGGACAGGCAGACCUUGUGCCAUAUGUGAUUCGUAUACGCGAGCGAGAGAGUUACACAAGAAAUAUACCUUAACGUGUUUCUUUUGUAAAAACAAUAUUCCACGUUUGUCCAAACUGAUAAACAUAGCUUUUUAUCUCAAGGAAAGAGCGUCACGUUUACUUGAUAAUGUUGCAGUCUAUGAGGUAUCUACGGCAGCACAACAUUUUGAAUCCAAGACAUGUUAUUCCUGUGUCCUUUCCUCGAAAACUAAAGCCAUCCAGAGUCUUAAGCACAGAAGAAUGUGCUUGCGAUCCAACUCAACCGCCUCCUUGUCCUCCACCUUGCGGAUGGGUGUUGAUGGAUGAUUUACCAAUUCCUUGUGGUUCCUGGCAGGAAGAAUUUAAGAGGAAGAAUAAGAAGCAUAAUCAAAAUUUGAUAAUCGGUGGAGGAUUUUUAUUAAUCACUCUGAUUAUUGUAAAUCGUGUAGGAUUCGUGAAAGGGUACGACGUAUCUCUAUUCUGAAGUUAAAUAAAAGCAAGUCUCGUUCUACUCUAUGUGCUAUUCAUUAUACAAAUG